AUGGAGCAGGACCCGACAACGUUUAUGCAGGAGAUGAGAAGAAGAAUGGAGGCAAUGCAAGCAGAGAUUGAAACCCUUAGGGGCGAGCAUGAUGCGGCUAGAGGGGCGCAAGCUAAUCGACAAUCUUCCGCACGCGCUGCAACACCACCUAUCGUAGAAAUGUCGGAAACGGAGCCGGACUCGGAAGAAGACACAGAUCCUGUCGGUGACAGUCAUCACCAAGAUGAGGGUCAGGCCCGCCAUCAAGGGGAGGAUCAUAGCGAGGCCGACUCGCGUCGGACCACAAAUCGUCCGGUCCCAGCCGGCCGAGCGAGAACACUUCAUCCGUUCACAACGGCGGUCAUGGAGGAACAAAUUCCAGAGAGAGCAUUCCCAGUCCUGGAGAAGUAUGAUGGAUCAGGUGAUCCGGAGGAGCACUUGAGGUCCUUCGUUAACGCUAUGACCAUCUACUCCCCCAAUGAAAAUGUAUGGUGCAAAGUUUUUUCCUUAUCAAUAAAGGGAGAAACAUUAGCAUGGUUCCAUUCACUUAGACCCCGAACCAUCAACGAUUUCGCUACCUUGAGGGACAUGUUUGAACGACAGUUCUCUACUAGUAAAGCUCGAAAUUUGACGUACAUGGAGUUGACGAACAUUAAGCAAGAGAAGGGAGAAAGCCUUAGAAAUUUCAUGGACCGGUUCAAUAAGACCGCUCGACAAGUAAGGGGAGUAGGCAAGAAAUUUACAAUUAGCACUUUGGCCACCACGUUGAGGCCUUCCCCUUUCGCCGAUAAUCUGUUUGGAGAACCCCCAUUAACCCUGGAUGAGUUGCAAGAAAGAGCAGUAAGGUUCAUCAGAAUAGAGGAGAUGCAGGCUGUUCAGAGGCGACAACAGGAGAAGAGCUCAACUUCAGAGCAAGAAAAGAAGGAAGGGAAGAAGUUGUUCGUGCCUGGCGAACGGCCAAAAGGCCAGAAAUACAUAGAUGGUCCAAAAGGGGCUAGAUUCGAAAAGUAUACCCCGUUAAACAUGCCAAGGGCUAGAGUCUUGGAAGAAGCCCUAAGUGCUGAUCUUAUCCGUUUAAGACCUUCUCGGUCAUCACCCAAGGCCGACGGGACUAAACAUUGUACCUAUCAUCUAAACAUAGGACAUACCACCGAAGACUGCACUGUGUUGAGAGAUAAGGUGAAGGAGUUGAUUCGAGCAGGUCAUCUGAGAAAGUUUGUGAAGGAGGACCAGAGGACGAGAAGUCCACCGAGGAGGACUAGGAUGGAACGAAGUGAUAGAAGAGAUGAUAGACGCCCGGAUUGCAGGCGAAGUAGAAGUCGUAGCCAUGACCGAUCAUUACGCGACACAAUAAACACUAUUUCUGGAGGUUUUGUUGGAGAGUCAUCGGCGUCAGCAAGGAAGAGAAACCUGAGGGAGUUAAACCUGAGGGAGUUAAAGAGUGUUCACUGA